GCAAAGGUCAUCAGUAGCGCUGUAUUCAAAAAAGUGAGAUCACCUGGUUACUUGAUUAAUCCGCAUCAAGCUAGGUGCAAAGAACAAUCAUCAAUGCUCAUGGACUUUUAUCAAAAACCUAUAUUUCACAAACUAAAGUCUUCUGGAUGGGACUAUAUCAAAUGGUAUGCAGAUUCAGCAAAGUUAGUUCCUGGUUGUACAAAUCCUUUGAUUCUAGCAGCACAACAAUGUUCAAACAUGGACGUAAUCAAAUUAAAAGUGGCUGUUGUCCUAAUGAUACCUUUAAUAGAUUUUUCCAAUAAAACACUUGAUUUCUUAAGUCUACACAGUAUGAUAGAAACUGUUGAACAAAAUCGUGAUGGCUUUUUAAAGGAAGUUUCUCAUGAAUACAGAUCGUUUUCGAAUUUCGAUAUUUAUGAUUCUAAAACGACCUCGUUCAGGUAAGAUAAUAUAUUUUAGCAACUUAUGAAUCUUUAAAAUUAGUUGGGUUUAGUACUCAGCACAGGCUUUUGGUGUGCUUUCUAACUAUAGAUUUAUUUCACUGUACAACUAGUAUUAUGAUAUGAUGUUAAGUGUUGGUUCAUUUGAAUAGUUCAGCUAAUUUACGGCUUUUUUUCAUAGUUGUUAAAACACCUUAAUUUUUGAGCUUCAGUAUUAUAUAGCAGUGAUUAAUGCUAAAAAAGGAGAAUAUUAAGAGCGGUCAUAUAAAUAAACAACAAAGAUGGAAUAACUUAGUUGAUAAUAACAAAGCUAGGGAAUUGUAUUUCUUUCACAGCAUCGAACAUCCUGUAUAAUAUUAUAAUUUCACUGGUAAUGAAUAAAUCUAAUCAGGUUUCACUGCUUUAUUGUUGCACUUCUGUAUCCUUUUUCAAAACUAUCCUAAAUAAAAUUAUGGGGUGAAAUGUUAAUAAGACUUAUGAGUAGUAAUCCUAAAUGUUUGUAUUCCUGUUUGCACCAAUAUGGUCCAGAAGAUUAUACUCCAAAUAUAUUGAUGUUGAACUUCACUUACUAGAUAUUCACUAUUAAUCUGUCCUAGUUAGCACUAAGUUUAUUGUGUAAUUUAAUAAAUAUUACUUUUUCAACAUGUACAGGUUUGUACACUCGGCUUUAAGUCACUAUUUAUUUAAAGAAUAAUAAUACAACACAGCCCCUAAAUGGGAGAACAUAAAGCAGAACUGUGAUCUAGUUGAAGUUUAAGUGCUGAAACUUCUAAACCAUCACAUCCUAACAUUCUCGUUGUAUGCCAGUUUCUAAUAUAAUCACACGAACAAAUGGUAUGUUAAUAUAUCCAGAUUGUACCAGUUUCUCAAUUAUGAUGUCUCCAUGAUUUAUCCUAGCUUCUCAAUAAAAUUGUUAUUUCAAUCUUUUCAGUUAUUCUGAAAGCUCAUACUUAAUCUUAUCAAAUAUUCACGUGCUAACAAUGACCAUUUAUUUAUUUAUUUGAAUACACAAGUAUUGGUACGAAGGAUCACCGAGUACAUAUGCGCCACACAAGUCACUUGAUUUGUGUGUGGGCUGUCAUACUCCCCGGGUGCCCAAACCGAAGCAGGUUUUUUCCUUAGAAAACCACUCUCCGAGCCUUUGGCCCAGAGGUCUAGUUCAUAAGGCAGUGGAGCAACGAAAGGAGAUGCAGUCCCAUGGUAGCCGGUGAUUAACGAUUGUUUCAUACGCCAUUUGUGUACUCAGGAUCCUGGAGCCCAUGUGCACUAAUGAUUUGGAAUCAAGGUUUCCCAACUUCCCUAGGUAGAUCCUCCAUAUCCACCAACCCGGUUAAAGACAUUCGUUUUUUGUCCUCUUAAUUUUGUAAACAACACGCGCCACGAGAAGGCAGUGAGUAGGACAUUCCUGUCAUGGCUGUAUACGCGUGGCUAUUUGAGAGCAUUUCGAAGAGAGCUGACUCUCGUUCGUACUAGGGCAUUGGGUGGCUUUUCCUUCGCUUACAUAACUGUCUGCUCACAACUGAAUGUGUAAAAUAAACUUAUCCUCAUUAUAUCUCUUGUUCUGCUUUCUUGAUUUGACGUUCUAACGUUAUGUGCCGAUGGACUGUUAAGAAAGUAAGUAUGGGACAAAUGAAAACUAAGCUGAAGUUAAAUACGUGUACUAAAAGAUAGCCAUCCAGCAGUAUAAUAACCAAAAAAUUAUGUCGUAUUAACCAGUAAAAUGUUAUCGGAUGAAAAUAACAUCUGACAAACUAACUCAUUAAAUUAGUACACACUAAUAUACCUCGACUUGCACCACAUCAUUUAUAAGAUCUAUCUGGUUUUCCGAAGUAAAGAUAUGACUUCAAAUGAUUUGAAAACAUAUGUGUCGUUCUAAUAUUCUAUUUUACAUGUUUCUGUUGUAUUUAAAGUGUAAAGUUAGGUUGUUAUGAAAACGAUGGAAUGUUUAUGCUAAUUAAUGCUUCCUCUGGUCUUUCAUCCGAUCUUAGUUGAAAUCGAUGGAUUAGUUGGAAUUGUCUAGUUUCAUUGCAACAAUGCAGACAUUCGAAUAUAUCUAUGUUUGGGAACGUAAAUCAUAUCAUAUUUAUUGUUAAUUCGCCUACAUGUUGGGUUUUAUGUUGUUUGUAUCAUUGGUUGUUAAAACAAAAAAAAAUAGUUACAAAUAUUAUUCAUAAUUUGGUAUGCAAAAACUGUGAAACAAAAACACAAUUUUCAAAAUGACUGCUUUCUCUUUUUUUUUUACAUAUUUUGAAUCUUCUACACACUUUUAAUUAAAAAAAAUUUUGCAUAAAAUUAUUUUGAUUGAAACAUUGUUUUAACGAUGAUUGUACAUCAGAAUUUUCUAACAUUGAUUAUACAUAGUUUAUAUUUGUAUAUAAAUCUACUUGUCAAUUAAUUUAUUGUCUUUUAUCUUUUUUUAUAUUU